AUGCCUCUCCCUUUCAUAUACGAACUCGUCUCCAAUGGCGCUCCGGAAUGGGCGCCCGAGUGGAUGUCAGACCCUUGGAGGGUGUUGCAGGUCGUCGUGGUACUCGGUAUUCUCUACCUGAUCAAGAGAUAUAGCAGCGGAACAACGAACACGGCGGAGAGGGACAUGCACGGCAGGGUCAUCAUGAUGACGGGCGGCACCUCGGGAAUAGGGGCUGCCACGGCGAGAGACCUGGCUACACGGGGAGCCCAGCUUGUACUUCUCACCCGCCUGCCGCCGUCGCACCCCUUCCUCGCCGACUACAUUGGGGAGUUGCGCGAGCAGACCAACAACGAGAUGAUCUACGCCGAACAAGUCGACCUCACCUCCCUGCACAGCAUCCGACAGUUCGCUACCAAGUGGAUCGACAACGCGCCGCCCCGACGAUUGGACAUGCUCAUCCUGUGCGCCGCCACGCUGACGCCCCCUGGAGGGAAACGAACCGAGACGGACGAGGGGAUCGAGGAGAUGUGGAUGGUCAACUACUUGGCGAACUUCCACCUUAUGGGGAUACUCAGCCCGGCCCUCCGAGCGCAACCCUUCGAUCGCGACGUGCGGAUUAUCAUCCCGACAUGCUCCUCGUAUAUCGCCUCUCCAUCUCUCAGCGAAGCACUGGUCAAGAAGCAGUGGUCGCCAAGGAAAGCAUAUGCCCGGAGCAAGCUCGCAAUGAUGGUAUUCGGACAGGCCUUCCAGAAACAUCUGGAUGCAUACAAGAGGCCGGAUGAUCUUCCAAUGACUGCGCGGGUUCUGUUUGCAGACCCUGGGUUCGCCCGGACGCCCGGAAUGCGACGGUGGCUUACCCGAGGUUCAUUGUGGGGACUCGCUGUCUACACAUUCUCCUACAUCAUCCCAUGGUUCCUGUUGAAGGACGAGGCGCAGGGCGCGCAGUCCAUCCUGUACGCCGCGAUAGAGCCAAGUCUGGUCCGAGGACCGGGCGGCAAGUUCAUCAAGGAGUGCAUGGAGGUCGACUUUGCGAGGCUCGACGUCAAGGACGACGAGAUUGCAAAGCAGCUCUGGGAAGCCAGUGACAAGCUGGUCGAGAAGACGGAAAAGGAGCAGGCGGCGAUGAGGGCUCUGGAGAAGAAGAACCGGGAGUUGAAGGAAAAGGAGAAGCAGGAUGCCGAGAAGGCGCAGGAGAUGGAUGCCCUGGUGGACGCUAUCAAAAAGGGGAAGGAGAAGGAGGCUGACAAGAAGCCGUCUAGACGGCAGAAGAAGAAGGGGAACAACCCAUGA